CUCGAUAUGAUAUAUGAGCGGCAAGAAGAGUUCGUGAAUUCGCUAUUUACAUUGGCGAUGCUCAAUGAGACGCGUCGUGAGGUGUGGUCACAGCUGACCAGGCAACAUAUGCAUAAUAUGAGUGACCAUCUGUUUACAGCAUUCGAGAAAUUCUUCCUCACCGCAGCUGAGGUCCGCGCUAAUGAUACGAUCGAGAUCUGGUCUUUCUCCACCGCCAUCUUCUUUGCCGUUACUGUUGUCACCACCAUUGGAUAUGGUAAUCCGGUGCCAGUGACUCAACUGGGCCGAAUGAUGUGCAUUAUUUUUUCGUUAUUCGGUAUUCCGUUAACACUGGUAACCAUAGCGGAUAUCGGUAAAUUUUUGAGUGAGCACUUAGUGUGGAUGUAUGGCAACUACCUCAGAUUGAAGCAUUUCCUGUGGGAACGACGUCACAGGCACAAUGCUCGCAAGGAACGGAGUAGGACAGGACUUACUCCUAAAAUUCUUGGCACACUUCAUUACUUGCUGGAAUUGUUUUUCAGGAUACCGGCAAUGUUAGUUCUAAUGAUACUUGUUGCGUAUACGGCACUUGGCGGUGUUCUCAUGUCCCAUUUGGAGCCCUGGAGCUUUUUCACUUCAUUUUAUUGGUCAUUUAUCACUAUGACCACGGUUGGUUUUGGUGAUUUGAUGCCUCGAAGGGAUGGCUAUAUGUACCUCAUUUUACUUUAUAUUAUUUUAGGCUUGGCAAUUACAACAAUGUGCAUUGACUUGGUUGGCGUUCAGUAUAUUCGUAAGAUCCACUAUUUCGGUAGGAAGAUACAGGAUGCCCGUUCCGCUCUAGCUGUUGUCGGCGGAAAGGUAGUUAUUUCGCUUUUAUGGCACAUACUGGAAAGUCAAAACCACCAUCAGUUUGCUUCUGAGUAACU